AUGCAUCAAGAGCUUAAGAAAAAAGUUUAUUCCUGGGGAAGUGACAAAUUUGGACAGCUGGGUCAUAUGAACGCUCCUAGCACAGUUCCUAAUCUGGCUAAGAUUUCUGAUGGCAUCCGUGUGUGGGAUGUAGCAGCAGGGCAAACUCACACUUUGCUGCUGGCUGAUGGUGACUGUUAUCAGCCCAUACUCUACUACACUGGAGAGCAAGUUAUAGAGAACACCGACACCUCUCUUACCCUCUCUGGGACUUAUACCCAGACGCCCACCCUUUUGCCGUUCUGCAUGAAUAAAGGUGAACCUCCUGUGUCCUGUACAGCCACCCACACUUUCAGCAAAGAGGGAAGACUCAAAGAUGACUCAUAUAAUGGCCACUGGUUAUCAGGCAAACCUCAUGGCAAAGGGACUCUGAAGUGGCCAGAUGGGACAGUUUACUAUGGCACAUUCAAGAACGGGCUUGAGGAUGGGCCUGCUAGAGCCAGAUUCAGCUUGAGAAGACUACAUAGUAGUGGGUUGUUUGUAUAUGAUUGUCUGGUGCAGCACAGUCGGAAUGCCCCAACCCAAUACUUGCCUUAUUCCUCAAGACUGUCUGAGGAGAUUAAUGCCAAUGUGCGAGGACUGGCCGUCCCCUCCCUGGACCUAUAAGAAUUGUAUAUUUUGCUGAGAAGCCCUCUGCUCCAGGCUUUGCUCUCUGCCCAUGAUUCUGAGGCUCAGAGGGACUAUGAUCCAGUGUUUCCUCCCCUUCCUGACAACCUGCCUGAAGAUGAGGAGGCCAUGAGGAUUGCUUGCCUCAUGAAGAACAAUCAGCCUCUGGGCGCAACAAUUAAAAAGUAUGAGAGAAGAGGGAGUAUGUUGAUUGCUAGGGUGAAUCAUGGAGGACUGGCAGAUCACAGUGGACUCGUUCAUUCUGGUGAUAAGCUGGUGGAAGUGAAUGGACGAGUGCAGGGACUGCAGCCCAAGCAUAUCAAUAAGAUUCUGGUGCGAUCUCAGGGAAAUAUUCUUUUCAAAGUAAUUCCUAAUUCAUCACAACCCGUCAACCGCCAAACUAAGGACUUUGAAGAGAUUGAGGAAGCAAAUAGGACUAUGGAGGCCAAAUACCGGCAGUUCUUUGACUGCAUGAUAGUGAAUGAUGUUCUGCAGGAUUCAUGCAUGGAUCUUUUCAUAGCUAUACAACAUGCUCAAGAAGAGCCACAGUGGAUUCCUGCCAGCUGGCUUGCCCCUGACAAACCCUGGGUGUCCUUACUAACCGAUCUAUGCCACACUAAAUCCCUCUUUGGCAGAUGCACGUCUGUGAGGAUUAAACCCAGGAUUAGACAGCUUGACGGCAAAGCCAAGACUCCUUUCCUACUCUCACACCAUCAGCUCCUUCACCGGGACUCUAGCCUGACAAUAAUGAGAGGAAAACAAUUGUCUUUUUGA